AUGCCGUUUCGAGAGAUGAACCGCGAGCAGAUGUGGAUGCUUCCGCCAACCCUCGGCGAGAUGGUGCCGAUGGACCAUCCUGCACGCUUUGUCGCCGAGUUCGUGGACGGCAUGAAGCGGGAAGACUGGGCGGAGCUUGGAGUCGAUGCGGACGGUGACCCGAUGGGAGCUCCGGCCUACCAUCCCCGGGCUCUGCUGAGCGUGUGGCUUUACGGCUUCAUGACCGGCGUGCGCUCGACCCGCAAGCUGGAGACGGCCUGUCGCGACCAGAUACCUUACCUGUGGCUUACGGGAUCGCAGCGUCCGGACCACAACACCCUGUGGCGUUUCUACAAGAACCACCGCCAGGCGAUGAGGAAUCUGUUCAAGCGCACGGUGCGCACGGCCUUCAGGAUGGAACUGGUGGACCUGGCUCUCCAGGCUGUGGACGGGACGAAGAACGAGGCCGGGGAGGACGCUCCUCCGGCGAAUCUGCCGCCGGAGCUGGCCGGUAAGAAGGCGUUGCGGGAGCGCAUGCGGCAGGCGCAGGAGACGCUGGAGGGCAGCGACCGCCUCAAGCAAGUCAACCUGACCGAUCAGGAUGCCGUGAUGAUGAAGACGAAUCAGGGCAUCACGCUGGCCUACAACGGCCAGGCGGUGGUCUCUCCGGUGGUGGCUGAGGGGAAAGAGACGGGCAUGCUGAUCACGGCGGCCGGCGUGUCGGACGACCCGACCGACUAUGGCACACUGGGUCCGAUGAUGAAGCAGGCGGAGGAGACGACGGGUGUCAGGGCUGAGACGACGUUGGCCGACGGGGGCUAUUACUCCGGGAGCAAUCUGGAGGAGUGCGCCCGAAGAGGCCAACAGGUGAUCAUGCCGGAGGGGCAAAGACAGGCGCUCGACAGCCUUUACCACAAGGACCGUUUCGACUACGACGAGGCGAACGACCGCUACCGUUGUCCGGAGGGCCGGUGGCUGAGCUUCUUUCGUAUCAAUCGCGGCCGCCGGACCAUGACGCGGAUCUACCGGGGAUCGGUUGCCGUGUGCCUGUCCUGUCCCGCCUUCGGUGUCUGUACGAAGAGCAAGCGUCAUGGCCGCACCCUGAAGAUAGGCCCCCAGGACGCAGCGCUGCGCCGCCACCGGGCCUGGAUGUCCACCGAAGAAGCCAAACGGGCGUACAGACAGAGAAAGCUACUGGUCGAACCGGUCUUCGGGAUCAUCAAAGAACAGUUGCAAGCCCGCAGCUUCCUGUUACGCGGUCUAAACAACGUUGCGGCCGAGUGGUCCCUGCUGGCUACAGCCUUCAACCUGCGCACCCUGUGGCGUAUAUGGCGGACCCAGGCGCCGGACCCCGAGUUCACAAACGAAGCGCAACGCCGAAUCAGGCCGCCCAAGCACGUUCCGGACAGGUCUCAACUGACAAACGGCGCGGGAUUUCCUACAUGUGUGACCCGGGUGAUCGAUGCCGCAACGACGGCGUAUCAAAUCCUCCAGCGCAUACGAAUGAUGCCGAAACGCCUGGCCAUAAGCCACGCACACUAA